AUGAAAGAAGAAGAUGCCGAAUUCAAUGAAUUUUUGCUUAAAAUUCGAAAGCUAGUUGAAAAAUUCGAGCAAAAAUACGAAGACGAAAUUAAGCUUCGGGAUAAGAAGCUCGCCGAAAAAGAAAAAGAAAUCGAAAAGCUGCGCGAGGAAAUUCACCGACUGAACUCCCAACAUACCGAACCCAUAGCAAUUAGCGAUGACGAGUAA